AUGGGGCCUACGUUACUGGGCUGUGACGUGGUUGGGGAGCUGAAAAGAAUGAACGGCCGACAACUUUUUUAUCAAGUUUUAACUUUUGCAAUGGUUCUUUCUUCUGCCCUUAUGAUAUGGAAGUCCUUAAUUGUUAUUACUAACAGUCCUAGUCCCAUUGUUGUCGUUCUCAGUGGGAGCAUGGAACCUGCAUUUUACCGCGGGGAUCUUUUAUUCUUGACGAACUUUAAGUCAGAAGCCCUAAAUGUUGGUGAUAUUACCGUCUUUAAAAUCGAUGACCGUGAAAUCCCCAUCGUUCAUAGGGUUCUCCGUGUCCAUCAAUCGAUAAAUGGUACAAUGAAGUUCCUUACCAAGGGGGACAACAACGCCGUUGAUGACCGCGCACUGUACCCUCAGGGUCAAGAUUGGCUUGAAGAAAAACACAUUAUGGGCAAAGCAAAAGGAUUUCUUCCCUACAUCGGCAUGGUUACAAUAAUAAUGAAUGACUACCCGAAACUAAAGGUAAAGCACCGUUGGCUAAUCAUCCGUAUUUUAUUAGUAUGCUGUUAUUGGCUCAUUGGGUGCCUUCAUGUUGAUAACACGUGA